AUGCUUUUCCAUCUAGAGUUUAAAGAGAUCAGGUUAACUGAUGGCUGUGAAGGGAAUCUGGAGGUUUUCUACAAUGGAUCCUGGGGUAAUGUGUGCUGGAACCAGAUGGAGAGAGACACAGCGAGUCUGAUCUGUCAAGAGCUGAACUGUGGAAGAUCUGGCAUUGAACCCAGUUAUUCAGAGAGACUUAAGUCUCGUAACUGGCUUGAUAAACUUAAAUGUCGACGACAUGAUUCCACUUUAUGGCAGUGUCCAUCAUCACCCUGGGGUCAAAACUAUUGUAAUAACGAUGAAGUGGCCAAGAUCACCUGCUCAGAGGAGGAGAGUGAUGAGUCCCCGCGGAGUCAUCUGACAUGUGCUAUCUCAUCAUCUCCUUACCAGAGACAGUGUACAAGUCAUGUUCCUCUCAGACUGCGUGGAGGGGACGGCCGGUGCUCUGGGAGGCUGGAGGUGUAUCAUAACGCUGUGUGGGGCUCAGUCUGUGAUGAUCACUGGGACAUCAGCGAUGCUCAGGUGGUCUGCAGGCAGCUGGGUUGUGGAGCAGCACUGAGGGCUGAUGGGAAUUCAGUCUUUGGUGCUGGUGAAGGUGUUGUGUGGAUGAACAAAGUCGAGUGCAGAGGGAAUGAGAUUCACCUGUGGGACUGUCCUCUCUCCCUUAAUAACCACACUUACUGCUCACACAAAAAGCAUGCUGGACUCACCUGUGCAGGUCACAACAAACACUGA